CUAUGUAACAACCCCACGGCCAUCCUCUCCGAAAUUGACACGUGGGUAGUGAUAAAUAACCACUGCAUGAUGACAAUCAGCCCUGACCGAAGCAAAGUAAUCACAGAAAUUAUCCGCUCCGCGUGUCCACGCACCAUGGUCGAGCUUGGUGGGUAUGUUGGAUACUCAGCUAUUCUCUUUGGUGAUGAGGUGAGGAAAGCCGGUGGAGAGCGGUAUGUUAGCUUUGAGGUCAACACCGAGUAUGCGGCGAUUGCGAGGUCCCUUGUGGAGUUUGCCGGGCUUGGCGGGUUUGUGGAGCUUCGAAUGGGUUUGUGCUCAGAGGGUUUGGAGGAGUUUGCUGGGCAGGAGAGAGGGAAAGGUCAGGAGGGAGUGAUGUUUGAUGUGCUCUUCUUGGAUCAUGCAGAGGAGUUGUAUCUUCCUGAUUUGAGAAUCUGCGAGAAGUUGGGUCUUGUACGACGUGGGUCCGUUAUCAUUGCUGAUAAU